AUUUCAGUCUAAGUUCGACCAGCGAGUGAAAAUGUCGCUGACAGGUGUUGCAGCGCUGGAGGAGUGGGUGCGAAGAGCUCUUGAUGGUUCUGGAGUUGAAAUCACCAAUAUGACAACUUCGUGGAAGGACGGGUUGGCGUUUUGUGCUCUUAUUCAUAGAUACAGACCAGAUCUUAUAGAUCUAGAUACUCUCAAUCCGAGGGAAUACAGAAGAAACUGUGGUCUGGCGUUUCGGCUUGCAGAGGAUGAAUUAGGAGUUCCAGCUUUACUAGAUAUAGAAGAUCUGGUGGAUAUGCAUAUACCAGACAGGUUUUCUAUCCUGACCUACCUGUCUCAAUUCUAUCACAGGUUCAAUGGAUCUGACUCCGGUAUCUCCUCUCUCUCACACUCACCCUCAUCCUCCGACAUUGAGCUAGAGGGUCGGAGGAAUCUAUCCGGAGAUCUUUCAUCUCUAGGGUCUAAACUUGCCCGGAGUAACUCCUCCGAUCGUCGGAGAGGAGCCAUUCACAGCCUCAUGGACGGGCGGAGAGUGAGGUCUCUGUCCUGCGGAGGAGGACGGAAAAGGGUUCGAAGUGAUAGCUCCGGGUCUCCUCCGAUACAGAGUGAGAAUCCGUUUAGAUAUUCGACACACCUGGAGACAAAACCUGUGCUCCAGGUCCUCCAGGAGCCAGGGAAAGAGUUUAACCUGGAGGAUAAACCCAGAACCUUGACAAAUGUCCGCGAAGUUCAAAUGCCCGAAGUAAGAAAAGUAACAUUAAGAGAGAAGAAACGAAGCUCCGCUAAUGAAAGAAUGACCAAAAGUUUGAUUCUUGAAACCGAUUUGAACGAGAUCUCUUCUGAACCGGAGCUAACCUGCUCCAGGGUUAAGUCUGGAUCAGUUCUGAGUUUCACCUCUGUCCCUUCUCCGUAUCGGAGACAGGAGAGUGAAGGACGAAUGUCCCUGCUAUCCCAGUGUUAUAAAAGUAUUUCUCCUCCUCCUCCUAAACCCAGCCGUACCUACACACACAGCUUGUUUAAACAAAGUAAACCUGAUGGAAGUCCUACCCGGAGUAAUUUUAACCCUGCAGGGACGGAAACUAGAUCUGGGUCAUGGUGGAGCUCUAAAACCAGAUACCCGGACUCAACCAACCCUUCGACAAAAGGUUUACAAACCAAAGAUGUUUCCCCGGAGGCGAUGAAUUCUCCGCCUCGGAAACCCUGGAAGGAAUCUCCCCAACGGAAACCCUGUCGAGGAGAUUCAAACAACAACGAGGUCAAACCGAGGUUAGAAAAUAGCGAGGUUAAAAACCGGUUUGAGAACUCUCCGGGUCGGAGAUUUAAAGAGGAGAGUCUCCGACAUAUAGUCAACCUACGGAUCCAUACAGAUAUCUUUAAACGGUUUGCAAGAUCGGAGAAUUCUAAAAUAAAAACUCAAAAACUGAGUUCACGUCAACCCCCUGCAUUACCCUAUUUACAAACCCUAGUCUAGAAAUUGAAUCAAUAUUCGUCUUAAAUACUUACAAACCUAUAAGUGUAAGCUAUGUAAACAUUUACUGCCUGUUCGUAAGCAUUUUGCAUCAAAUUCCUACUUAUUUACACAGAAAAACUUAAACAAUAAUUCUGUAAAAUACUCAAAAUGAGAUUGUUUUGCUUUAAUGCCAUUUUUAAACCCCUUUAAUGUAAAUUCCCCCAAACUUAUCUGUGAUAUAGAAAAUUUGAAAUCAUUUAAAUGAUUUAAAAAAACUUAAUUUAGAUCUAUCUAUACACCAAUAUUAUUA